AUGGGUAUUUCUAGAGACUCUCGUCACAAGCGUGCUGCUACUGGUGCCAAAAGAGCCCAAUUCAGAAAGAAGAGAAAGUUUGAGUUGGGUAGACAACCAGCCAACACCAAGAUUGGUGCUAAGAGAAUCCACACUGUUAGAACCAGAGGUGGUAACAAGAAGUUCAGAGCUUUGAGAGUCGAAACCGGUAACUUCUCUUGGGCCUCUGAGGGUGUUGCUAAGAAGACCAGAAUCGCUUCUGUCGUCUACCACCCUUCUAACAACGAAUUGGUCAGAACCAACACAUUGACCAAGUCUGCUAUUGUCCAAAUCGAUGCUACUCCAUUCAGACAAUGGUUCGAGACCCACUACGGUAAGGUCUUGGGUAAGAAGGGUCAAGAAGAGGAAGUCAAGAGAUCCAAGAAGGUUGAGAGAAAGUUGGCUUCCAGAGCUGGUUCUUCUAACAUCGAGUCUGCUGUGGAACACCAAUUUGCCUCUGGUAAGUUGUACGCCUGCAUCUCUUCUAGACCAGGUCAAUCUGGUAGAUGUGACGGUUACAUCUUGGAAGGUGAAGAAUUGGCCUUCUACUUGAGAAGAUUGACCGCCAAGAAGUAA